GUUCAAUUUUUUUUAAAAAAGAUCACCCAAGUUGGUUCAACUAGUGUCAGUCUAGUUUCUGUGAGACAGAUGGUAAUGGCUUUUCUUGAUGUGUUGAAAUGUUUGUUUUCUUAUAAUUUCUCAUAUAGAUUGGUGGGUCGCAUUUGUAUGUCUAUAAUCACUUUAGCCAUAUUUGUUAUCACAACAGCUUUAUAAGUCAUGUUUUAAAAGAAAUUCAAGUUCAAUGUUUACAAUUGUUAUAAUUCCGGUGGAUAUAUAGAUUGAUAUAAUUCUUGUGGAAAUAAAUACAGAAAUCAUGAGGUUGAUAUAUUGAGCUAUGUUCAUUCGUUUUCCUUCUCGGCGAUUAAUAGGAUGUUUCAUUGGCGUGAAUCUCAUUGUAGCAGUGUCCGUCAUGUUGGUAUCUUGGUAUAAUUCUCCUCCGGAAUACGUCUUUAAGCAUCCAUAUUUCCUCUUCGACAUUGAUAUUGAAGAACCACGUUCUCUAGACCAAAAGUGUGUUUUACCCCGAUUGCACCCGUUUCACCCUUCCAUCUGGCUCUACCUCAAAUUCCAAAAGAAUAUAUUUUGCAAAAGUAGGCAGGCUGAAUUUACUUACAUAGACAGUCGAGGAUAUCUUCUUUUUAACCAUACCGAAGUUCAGGAUGUUGGAUAUGAAAUAGGAAGUUCAUUGUUUUGCCAUUGGUCUCCAGUUCUGAGAAGUACUGAAGACAGUGACGAACAAAUAUCAUUUGGUAAAAAGGUUCGCCUUCCAGAAGAAGGCUGCAAACUUUCAUUUGAUGUUGUACGAGUUCAGUGUACAAAUUACGCUGGUUUUUUAGUUUACGAGAAGAUCCAAGCGCACAUCCCAGUGGCCAAAACACGUACAUCCUCCUCGCCCAAGCAUCCCAUUAAUGUCCUCAUCUUCGGUCUUGAUUCAUUGUCUAGGUUAGCAUUCAUCAGACAUCUGCCAAGCACUUACCGUUACCUGACAGAAGAGCUCAACAUGACGGUGUUGAGAGGAAUGAACAAGGUUGGAGAUAACACUUUUCCUAAUUUGAUACCACUAUUGACAGGGCGUAAAGCUUAUGGUGAUGGUCUUGGCAGCACUACUAAUUAUUUCGAUGACUGGCCACUAAUUUGGAAGAACUACUCUGAUGCUGGUUUUGGAACUUUGUGGGCUGAGGAUUUAAUAAAAUUUGGCCUCUUUAAUUACUUGGCGAAAGGAUUUAUUCACCCUCCAACCGAUUAUUACAUGCGACCCUACUGGUUAGCGAUGGAAAAUAGUAACCUCAUGACGCAUAGUUCUUAUAUGUGCUAUGGAUCAUUUCCAAAAUAUUUUGCACAGUUAGAUUACCUUAGAAGAUUUAUUGUAACUUACGAAAAUGCAAAAAGGCCGUACUUUGCAUUUUCAUUUUUGGCAGAAUUGACUCAUGACUACACCACCCGAAUAGCAUCUGCUGAUAUUUAUUUUGAGAGGUUUUUUAAAUCACUGAAAGCAGAUGGAUAUCUCGACAACACUGCCAUGAUAGUGAUGUCUGAUCACGGUCAUAGGUUUGAUUCCAUCAGGACGACACAGGUCGGCCAUACAGAAGAAUUGUUGCCAUUUUUUUCUGUUUACAUUCCACAUCGUUUGUCUUCACUUCACCCUACAGCUAAAAGAGGCCUUGAACUAAAUAGUGGACGGCUUGUCACUCCUUUCGACACCCAUGCCACCUUGAUGGAUCUUUUUCAUCUUGCAGUACACGAUCGGCCACUGGGUCAAAAUAAUUCCGUCUCGGAAGGCCGUGGACAAACUCUUUUUCGAGAAGUGCCAGCUAAUAGAACAUGCCAGGACGCGUCCAUUCCUCUUGAAUAUUGUUCUUGCCAAAUAGACACUGUCAUUUCUUUGUUGGACUCAAGGGUUCAAGUAGCCGCCGAAGCUACUGUAUCGUCAAUCAAUGAAAUGAUAAAGGGGAGUGACCAAGGGCACCUGUGUGCCAAAAGGACGUUGCAUUCCAUAAAAUCAGCACACCUUGUGAAUAUAACUGAGGAGAGGGUCGAACCCGGUGAUAAUAUAAGAGUGAUAAUAGAAACUGAACCAAAUGGUGUGUUUGAAGCUUUGAUAUCAGUGCAGAAGGAUGCGGCAUCAGUUUUGGGAGAAGUGAGCCGGAUAAAUUCAUAUAGAUUCCAAUCAGAUUGCAUUAAGCAUGUUAUACUUCGUAAGUUUUGUUAUUGUAUACAUCAUUUGGGAGAAAAAACAUCCACAGUCGCCUUCAACUAAUGCAAUAUUUUUUUAAUCAUUACUGUUUCGUUCGUAAAAUUCAUCUGUUUUGUUUGUUUCAAAUUCAAACAUAUAUUUGAAGUGUCUUAAUACAUACUGAUGUUAUAUUUUGAGUAAAUGUUUUUAAACAUUGUAAAUAUUUUUUUAAUUUAUUGGAAAACAAAGAAAUAGUGCAGGGGCCUGAGUGCAACUCGACAAGACACAUUUAAUCUUUGGAAGAAAUAUUUUAUGCUAUGCUAAAUCAAUUCAGGAAUUUUUUUCAAUUUAUUUCUUAAGUGUUACUAAGUUCGCUCCUUCUUCGUGAAUAACUUUAUUCUUGAUAUACAUUAACUGCUGAAACAAAUAGCGUAUAGUGAGAGGUCAAGCUUUGAAAAAGCUUCGAGAACUUGUCAUCACAUUAAAAUCACAGUUUUUUCUCCAAAAAUGAAUUCGGGAAUUUGCUUUUAAUUUGAGACAUUUUUAAAAGAAAUUUAACAAGCUGUUUAGAAGCAAAUAUUAUUUAUCCACAUACUAAAAUUGUAGAUCAUUAAUAGAGAAGUUACAUUUUAUUGCAUUUAUUACCAUUAUUUCAGGUAUACAAUUCAAAUGGAAGUUCAAAAGUCAAAAGAGUUAACUUUGAGGAAGUUCAAACCACAAAAUAGACUUUGUUAAAGUUUGAACCACGUUAAUUCUAUGCGUCAUGAGAAGUUAUGUAGCAAUAUUUUACCAUUCUGACAGCUAUAUUUUUAUCACAAUUUAUUAAAAUGUUAAAUGUUUUUUAGCUUAAAUUGAAACAUAAAACCUAAAUCGCAACGUAUUUUUUAAAAACGCGCACUUAAAUAGGAACUCUUAUACAGAAUGAUAACAAGAAGUGAUUUUUUUCUAUUUCCUUCUUUUACCUAAGUUAUUCCACGUCUGAUUGCUAAUUAAAAUGUUAACUUAACAAACAUCAAAAGUUAUGCUAAAUACAAUAACUAUUUUAUAAUAUUAUAUGAAAGAACCCGCAAAAUAUACGAAAAUAAUGGAAAUUCAAAGAAGUUUAUAUUGCAUGAAAUAUUUGUAUAAUAAAUCACUUAUUACGGAAAGAAAUUUAUGUUAUAAGCUUCUGACAGAUAUUUCUUACGCAUGUGUACAAUAUUAAAGAUCAAUUCGAAUGUUUUACUCUCGUGGACAAUACAAUAUAAAAUAUCCUAAAUAAUAAUUUUUUUUUAAUUUCAAUCUUUAAAGAAAACACACGUAUAACUAAGCUAAGAGAGGUCCUCAUUCUUUGGAUUCAUCAAUUAUUACGUUGCCAUUUAUUUCAGGUUGCACCGUCAUGAUACAAAAACAGCUUAGAUUGUUCUUUUUCCUGCGGAAAGAGAAAUUUCAAAAAAAUAAACGGAACUAACUACUUUGCAUUAUACUUUAAUAGGGACAAAAGAAAACUUCAAAAGAAAAAUAAACUGAUAUAAAGCAAGGAACACAAAUAUCACAUACCGCAUCUAUAACAUAACACUUCGUGGUAAUAAUAGUAUAUAGUUUUUAAAAAUGUUCGGUAUCUUUUUGCAUGAGUGCGAACUCAUAAACAGCUUAGCAAUAAAUAUAAUUUUUUUUACACUGUAAUAAAACUAUUUAUUAGUUGAAAUUACUGAAUCUUGCAAAAUACUUACUAUGAAAAUCUUUAUAGAAUUUCAUAUGUCUCAGAGAUCGAUAAUAUACAACAUCUAUUUUCUAAAACAAAUUUAAAUGCUAUUUAGAAGCGGUGGUAUACGUUAACAACACGGAUAUAAAUAUUGCAUACAAAUGUAUUUAUUUCGAAAUUUCAUAUGAAUAUUAACUAAAUUAUUUUUUUACUGAUUAAACUUAGAAAGUAUUAUUUUUUACUAUUAUUUUUUACUAUUAUUACAAAAUACCAUUAUUUUUCGCUCAUUAUCUGCAGAACUACAGUAAAGCUCAACUGAAUAUGUUAUUCAUAUUUGAUCAUUUCAAAUUAAAUCCUGUUUAUAAAAAAAAACUUUAAAAUAUUUAAGAAUAGGACAAUUUAAAAAUGUUUAAGUAUCUAUCAUUAUUAGUUUGCAAAACUAUUUCGUAUCAAAAGUUAUACUUAAUAAAAUAAAUUAAUGCAUUAUUUAUCUUCCCUUUCUUCGAUUUCAUUUUUUUACUUUUAACAAAUUUCAUAUUUCAAACAACUUUUCCUUUUUAAUAUUAUUUCAUUUAAUUUGAAAUGUGCUGUUUGCCUACAUUGUCGUCAUGAUUAAUAUAAACCUGUACUAGUCAUUUUUGAAAAUCAAAUUAUAAAAUAAUAUACGUUUGUCAUUGUUUACCUUAUAUUCCCAUUCAAAUUCAGUAGCCAUUUUUAUAACAGUAGUUACACACUCUAAAAAAUUUUCAGUGAACUAAAUUUGAUAUUUACUGUUUACAUUGGAAAAGAGUAAUAUUUUCUUGUAAAAUUUUUACUUUUUUGGAACAAAUGGUAUUGUUGAUGUUAUUGUAAAAUCUGUAUUUAACGGAUAACCAUAUCUUGCUCAAAUUGAUAAAUUAUAUAACCUAUCAGCAAUCAACAUCGAUUGGAGCUGUUUAUAAAUCUGAAACAUUUCACAGUUUUUUUUGUAUGUUUAUUUGAGCAUUAAAUAUUUGAUUUCAGUUUUGAUUUAAUAUUUAGAUAAUUCUCGUAUAAUUUUUUCAGUAAAUUAUGCGUAACUCAUUUAGUCGGGGCCAAAAAUGAAUGGAGAAAGACAAUGCCUAUCAUUCUGAUUAUAAUUUUUAAUCAUAAUAAAAACUCACAUUAAAAUCAUAAAAUAAAAUUUUUCUGCUUGGUUAAAAUUCCAAGAAAUAACUCCGACUGUAAAUUAGGUAAAUAAGUGUUUUAAUGCAUAACAACAAGCAAACACUCGUCAAGAUUUGGCAAUGGGAGAUUUCUUUUAACUAAAAUUAAACUAUUUGGAAUUUAUAAGUAAGUUUAUUUAACUAAUUAAUAAAUAUUAACUCACUGCCACAUUUUGAUAGUUUUUUUGACCAAAUUUUCUAAAAAGAAAACAAUUAGAAGCACAUUAAAAACGAGAAUUAUCUUUAAAAUUUUGGCACACUUAAAAGAAAAUGUAAUAACUAAGUUGUAUUGGUUAUACUAUAAGCAACAUAACGCAGCUAUAGUCUUAUUUUAGAUGUUAUUGCACAUCAAAGAAGAAUUUUGUUACAAUAUAAGCUUUUUUUCGUAAAUCCUAUGAAUUCCUUGAAUGUGUGCAUUUGUAAAUGCUAUAAUAUUUCUUAUAGUUCUUGUAUUUAAAAAUUUAUAAAUGUUUACAAAUUUGUUUCAUUAAUAUUUAUACAAGAAUUAAGAUGUUUAAACGUUGUACAAAUAUUGAAUGUUACAGCAAAUAUGCUUUGUUACAUUUCUGUAAAACCUUAUAAAUGUAUGUUAAUAAAACUCUACGCCAAUAAUAA